CAAACUAUUGAACAUUUUAAAUGUACUUACGUUGAGCCGUAAUGAAACUCCACUUGUAAUAAUUGCAUUUUUAUAAAACAUACGAAGAGCCAUUAUGUUAAAGUUGUUUUAAACGAAAUACCUUGCUAGAAUUAAAAUAUUGAAAAAAUUAAAACUAAAUAUAUUUUUAUCAGGUUUAUUCAGGCUCUGUAGGGCGUUAUCAAAAUUCAGAACCUCAGUAUCAGUCGCAGAUAUAAACGUGAUAAAUUUACAAAAAACCAAACAUUUUCCGUUGGUUAUGUUCGUUGUUGAAGAUAAAUAUUGUUUGCCGCGUUUUUUACGUUUUUGUUCAAUUCACAAUAUUCAUCUUUAUCAAUAAGAAAAACAAAUUGUUGCUUAUUGGUUUUGUUACAUGCAACUUUUUACAAAGUUAUACCUAUUUGUGCAUAGGUUAAGAAAAAAUGUUUAUUUAUACCUUUACAUUUUGAAUAAUUAGUUACUCGUUAAUUUGUACCUGCCUAUUUAAUAACAAUAACAUUCAAAAUAUAGUAUUAAAAGUAGGUAACAACUUAUCAUUUGUUUAAAGUAAAUUUUGUAUUUUUUAAAAUACCUAGCUACCGCAAUGACACGUAAAUCAAAAAAAGAAGAAAAAUUUGUCGAACAAGAAUCUACUGUUGAACUGAAUGACAAAUAUCGUUUUCUCAUUUUACCAGGUUAGCCCUCGAAUUAUUGUUAUAUAUUAUUACUACCAGCUGUAUUACCUAUCCGUGGUUUCUCUCGUGUGAAGUUUACAUACCUGUACUGUUUAUUUUGGUCUGACUAACUGUCUACUGAGAAUCUUUCAUCGCAGAGUAUUUUGAACUUCUCAGGAAUCAAUUGUUUGAGUCUUUGAAUCGUCCUCUUAACCCCAACCUCUUUCGAGGUGUAUUUUUGUACAAAAUCAUCUGUUGUUUAAUUUCACAUCCCAUUUCAAUCCUUGACGGGUUGAAUUUACCAAACCCCCAGGAGUUUAAAUUUUUUAAAAUUGGGGACGGGGUGAGUUUUAUAGGUUUUAAGUCUAAUAGGUACUAUUUUCGUACAGAAUGGUUUCCCUUAUGGCGGAUUACAAUAAUGGUUAAAAUUUUAGUUUUUGGGAGUAGAUUUUUUCAGGCAAGGGUAAUUUUUUGGGGGAGGGGAGGAGUUAAAUAAGGAUAGAGGUUAAUAGUCCUUGUACUUCUAUAUCUGAAGAUACAAAAACAAUUCGGAUUAUUGUAAUUUAAAACCCUUAAAAAUUAGGGAUAGUCUUUUAUCCUAUAUUUUAUCUAUUUCUUUAUGAAAUUUUUAAAAAUUCUGAUACAUCUGCUUGUUAUUUUCUAACCAAAAUACCAAAGAGCAAUUUUUUUGAAUUUCACUUAAAAUGGAUGAUUUUUUAUUCCAACUUUCAUCCCAUAUUUGCCCCCUUAAGGACGGAAUUUUCAAAUACACUUCCAAAGUAGAUGUCUACAGUAUAAAAGAUACCUACUAUAAAAAUUUGAAGUUUUUAACCCAAUGGUUAUACUAUGUGUUUGUAGAUCAGUGGGUCAACGGGUCAGUUUCUCUUUUUAUAUUAUACAGAUUUGAUAUUAAUUGUUUAUUAUAAUAAUUUGUAUUAUGUUAUUUAUUAUUUAGAUACUUUAACAAAGGAUCAAAAUAUUGAUAAAGAAUUUAUAAAACUACGCCACCCACAGACGGGACAGAUGGCCUUAUUCCUGUAUUCGGAAAAUGAAAAAAAGUUAGCUCAAAUGCGGUCCUUGCCAUUUAGUCACAGGUAAAUUUGUAUACCCAUAUCAAUAUUUUAUUUACAUUUUUAAUUUUCAUUAUAAAAAUGUUAUUUUUUUAAUUUAUAGAUCAUUUUUCAAAGAGAGUGAAGUCAUUCCUAUUAACAGAAUUGAUUUUGUCACAUUAGUUGACCCUCUGUUUAUUUUCUUACCAUACUUAGUCAAAGUAAGAAUAUUAUAAACAUCUUUUUUUUUUGAAAUCAUUACCAUUGAUUUUAGGAUAUUAGUAUAUUUUAAAAUCAAUGGCAUUACUAUUCGUCAUCGCAAUUAUUAUAUUUGUUAUAUUUAUCAUUAACUGGUGUAUUUGGUAAAUUAUGUUUAUAAGUGUUAAAUUAUAAGUGAUAAAUUAUAAGUAGGUAGUGAAUAUUUUAUAAAAUCAAUGGGAUGAUAUCUAUAAUAAAAUGUUGAAAAAUGAAAGAUAAUUUUAAAUUUAUUUUUAAACAUUUGUGGAUUUCAAUAAUGUAGGUUGUAUCAUGACAAAUAUAUAAAUACCUAGGUAUGGUUAAUAAUAUGAAAAUGUGUAAUGGAGUUCAUUGCAUUCGUUGGUGUGUUAAUUUUACUAGAUACCAGAAAUAAUAGGUAUGUCAUAAUAUACAGUACCUUUGGUCCAAUAUAAAAAUACUUGGUCUUAUAGUGUCUCCUCGCCCAACAUGUAUUGGAUAUGUUUGAAAUGUGAACCAAAUUAAAUAAUAAUAAAUAAAUAAAUAAAAACAUUACAAAUUACUGAUGAAUAUUUUGUUAUUUCUGUUAUUAGUGCUCAUCUAUGUUCAGUCCACUUGAUCAAAUUUUAAUGGAUGAAGAACUUCCAGAAUUAAAUAAUCUACUUAUGAAAUUGUCAACAUUGACAAAUAUACAACAAGUUGCCGAUAUGAAAGGUACUUUACAGAAAUAUUGCACAACUGUUUUUAUAAGACAUUUAAAAUUGUUUCCAAAAUUAAUUGUUUUUAAUGUCAAUAUUAUCUCGGAUAUGAAAAAUAUUAAUUAUGAAUAUUUUAAUUUUUUUUUUUUUUUUAUAUAGAAUGUGCAGAUUUAACUUUGUGGCAGUACAGUGAAAAAAAAACUCUAGAUUGGCUUUCACCUAAAGUAGAAAACGUAUCACAAGUCUUAAUUACUCGGCAGAUAAAUGUUAACCCUAAUGCGGCUGUUUCUACUUCUUUUAAAUUAAGUGACACAAAAUCAAUAGCCAAAGGUAAAAUAUAAUCUUUUUUAUCUAUUAGAAUAGUGUUUGAAGUUGAUAAAUAAUAAUAAUAAAGUAAAUAAAAAAAAAAAAAAAAUAAUUAAUUUUUUUUGGUACAGAACAUUAUACAAGAUAUGCAUUUAGUUUAAUUUCUGAAUAUUUACCCAUUGAUGUUCAAAAAUCAUUACUAAAACAUCUUGGAUUACCAGAAAAGGUAGAAUGUAAUAAACGCAAAGCUGGUGGAAGCAUAACUGAUGUAAAUAAAAAGGUAAAACAUAGUGACAAUCAUGAUGAUGAAAAACCGUAUAAAGUCGAAAAAGUAAAUGCGCUAUUUAAUAAUAUAUUUGUAACUAUUGUUAGGAUUAAAUUAUAAUUUUUGUUUUUGCUUGUUCCACUAGGUUGUUAUUCCAAAGAUAUCUGCCAAAGACAAGGCAUUAAAAAAAGCUGCUUCAGGAACUAGAUCUAUAUCAUCGUUUUUCAUAAAAAAAUAAUUUUAUAUGCAUUUGUGAGGUGAUUUAUUAAUAUUUUUCCAUAUAUGACAAGUUUUGUCAAUUUUAAAUUUUGUAUUGUAUUGGGAUUUAUAAUAAUAAUAAUAAUAAUUUCCAAUUUCAAAAUAAACUGACUAACAAUUUUUAAGUUUAAUUAAAUUAUACAAAUUGUCAGUAAAAAUCAGUUGAAUAUUUAAAUGUUUUAAAUUUUAUGUUUUGAGUUGAUUUUAAUAGUUUCUAAUUCUCAAAUUCAAAUAAUAUACCAAUGUAUGAGAUUAUUACAGUUUGUUUUGUCCUUUUUUAAUCUUUGCGAAUAACUGUACAAUUAUUUCUGAAAGUGUUGUUAUAUGUUUAUUUGGGUGGUUAAUAAAUAAUCAGUUUUUAUGAUUAAACAUUGGGACUUUACUUAUCAUUUUUUACUAUAAAUACUGUAGAGUGUACACACCAGAAACUAUUUUCUGAACAUAAAUUUUAAAAAUAAUAUCAAAUAUGUUAAUUCUUCUUAAAAGUCUCAUGAUCUGCUAUAUAUUAAAAUAAACAUAUCGUGACCACUGCUCUAAGGUAAGCCACUAUUAUUGUUAGAAAGUUGAGAAUAUAAAUAGAUACUAGUUUAUAUACCUAAUGUAUGCACAGUAUGAGAAAAAUUAAAAACUAACUUUCCCGAUGUACCUGCUAAAAAAAUACGUUUGCCCAAAAACCAUUCUGGAAGUUUUGAUGUUUGGAGGAAGAUUACUGGUUUAAAAGUUGAUACAGGAAAGAAAAUGCCAAUUUAUCAUAUAGUUGCUGUACUGAUUUUGUAAAUAGAGUAAAUGUUGAUACUGUUUUUUUGAAUAUUGUGUAAGCCAAGAAAAAUAUGAUGGAAAAAUAAAUAAUUUUACAUUUAUUAUUAACACUACUGGUUCUAUUUUAUAAUAAUUAAAUUCUUUGUUUAAACU